AUGUCGGACAGGAAAAUUGGGUCUGUAAAAAUGUUUGUUGAAAAAGAACUUGGUGCCAGGAUAUCACAGUGGGAACAAGAGAAGUGUAAAAACUUCUUGGUUGAUGGUUGCCCUUUCAUGGACUAUGUACAGGCACAGUGGGCAGCUCAUGAAACUGAGAAGAAAGUUGCCAAAGAUCAGAGGGUGAAAGCUAGAGCUAAGGAAAUGGAGCAAGAAAUGAAAUGGGGAAGUAAACCAACUACGCCAGUAAAAAGGAGGUUUAUCGGAACAACUACACCAACCAAAACACCAAAACGAAGGAAGGCUCUAAAUGGAAGUGCAGCUCCAUCACCUGCAGUCGGCAGAAUCGGUACCAAGAACAGCAGUGUGUGUCCAUCACCUGCCAUAUCAGGAAGACCACCAAGAUCUAUGAAAACCAAAACUCCUGCUCGUCCUAAGAUUGCCACUCCAGUGAAGCGUACUCGUAGAGCGCUAGCCGAUCAUAACCAAGACACUGAGUCUGCGUCACCAUUUAGUACAACCACACUGAGUGGGGCGUCGUCCACCACUGCCAGUAACAUUAGCACCAUGUCUCUUGCUUCUACUACCUGCAUGUCAUACACUGAUUUCUCACAUGGUUUAAAUGUUGAAGGGCGUAAAAAUUACAGAAGUAGUGCCUUGCCAAGUCCUACAAAUGGCAGAGUAUGAAGCAGUAACCGCUCCUUACGUUGUAUAUAAUAUUAAUUUAUGUUAAUGCAAUAACUGCCUGCAAACACACACACAGUACCGGUAGUCAAAGCACCAGGGUAGCUCAUAACCCAGUAAUCAAUAACUUCCAGCAAAAGGAUACAUAGUUAUACACACAAUAGCACAGUACAAGGGGAGCUCAUAACCCCACCCAUCACUACCAGUCCAAAAGCCACUUACGGUACAUAGUGGUGCGACCAUAUUGGAGCUCACAAAACUGCCAACAACGAAGUGACUACACACGGUGGUAUCUGUUCUAUUUGCGAAAAUACAUUUAUCAGUUUUGUAUGUUACAUAGUUGUAUAAAUAAAUUACACCAUAGCCAAUUACAAUAUUUCCUCCAUGAGAAGUGUACUGGUCGGUGUCCAUAAUUACGGUAUGUAAAUUUUACCAUAUAUCGGUAUGUGUACAUGUAUUAAAAGCCAAAUGUUUAUGUUUUGAGUAUUAAAAGCGUGCCUCUAUCACUUGCUAUGGCAUUUUGUACAUUAUGUGCACGUACCGGUACUUCAAAUAGAGCAAAUAUGGUUGACAGUUUUCUGUUCAACAAGGUUCCUGUAAUUCAUGAUAGAGAAAGUACAGUAUACAUAUUUUUUUUCGAUUCAUAUACAAGUAUAUUGAAAGUAUAUAAGUUUUUUUACGUUCAAUUUUCAGUCGUGUGUUUUAUUAGUAGCAUUUUUUAGAAGUAAUUUUUUAAGUUUACAUAUUAUUUUUUCAAAUUCCUUUCACGGAAUUGAGAUUUAUUAUUUGCGAUGUAACCAAUAUUGGCAUUGAACAUUUUUUCUUUUUCAACUGAAUGGUGUGUAUAUAUUUGCUUGGGGAGGGUCACGAGUUUGGCGAUUGAUGACAUCUCGUAUUUUAAAGUUGUUAUAUCUUAUCACCAUCAGUACAACUGAGGCAUAAACAUUUAGAUUUUAUUAUAUUUUAUAAUUUCCAUCUUAACUUUUUCCUCUGAAUAUAUUUUUACUUUGAGCAUAUUUAGAUGUAAGGUAACUUGAAUUCUAUAAUUUUAUUGGAAAUAUCAGAUAUAAAUGGUGUUUUUGACUUUUCUUUAUAAAGUCUCAUCCAUUUGCUUUGUUUUAUGUUUAACAUGAAACCUUCAUAAGAUGACUCUUCUCGGAUAUAAAGUCUAAUUAGAGAAAAAAAUGUUGAGGCUGCAGGCCAACACAUUUUAUUGUGGAAAGGACUUUGUAUGAAGAUGAGUAUGUACGAGGAUUUAAUCUGACUUAGAACCCAUCAUCACAGAUCAAUAGAUAAAUAUUUUGGGGGAAAUUUUCUUUUGAAGACAUUUAGUGACUCUUAUCAACAUUUCUGCAGGGAAUUUGUAAUCGUAAAUGUUCAUGAUCUAACUUAAAUGGCCCAAAAGUCGAAACAAUCAAUAUAGAUAGCUAAAUGGACAGUGGGUUUGUCACAUCGCCGGUUGUUUAAACCCAGCUUUUAUAGUUUCUUCUUAUUAGCACAGUAGAACUUGCUCUUUGUUGCCACAUAAUCCAAAAAACAAUGAGAACAAAAAGUUUACUUGAGAAAACUCAGAAAUUGAACAUUUAGUGUAUAUAAAUUCCUGGAAUGAAGCAUUCUUAUUGGUCAAAAAACACAUGGUGUGUUUUAAGUGGUGGAUUUGUUCUUUUCAAUCAAUUUUUUAGUGAAUUCUUUGGUAAUUUAAUUAAUAAUAUCGGCAAAAUCAUGCCCUUAUUUUCGAUGAAAUAUACUAUAAUCGAAGAAUUUUUACUAUGCAAUGUCUGAAUGCAGUAUAUUCGUAUGUAUGUAUAAGCGUUGUGUAACUUUUAGAAUUUGCGGUCAUUGUUCUCAAAAUUUGUAAACUAAAAUUGUAGCAGAAGUGCAUAAUGAUCUGCUUAUGAAUAUUCAUGAUCUAAAUCGAAAGCCAAUGACCAACCAUGUGUUCCGGAUAGCUUAAUAUGCAGCGUGCCGGUCGCAUCACUGUUUGAGCGAGAUCUGGGUUUGCCCCAGCCUUUGUGUUAUGUGUAUAAAAGUCCUACGACAGUUUAUGAGAACAAAGGGAUAUAUUAAUACUUGUUUAAAAGAAAAUUUUUUACACAAGAAAACAAGUGACUGUAAAACUGGACAUUUAAUGCAAUGGAGCAUUCUGAUUGGUCAAAAGGUGUACUACAUAGGUUUUGAAGAAAGUUGUGCUGUUGUGUAAUUUGUCACUAUAAUACAUCUGUGUAAAUUAUUUCAUCCACUUUACCACUCGGCUUUUAUCUGUCACCUUUAUUUUCUCUAUUUUUGCAUGCGUAUGUAAUAGGUAUAGAUUUUUCAGAAAGAUAAAUAAAUGCAAUAGUCUCAUCUGGA